UAGCAGAGUCCCUAAAUACCUUCUGGUCUGAGCUGCUAGACAGACUGAGCAGGUAUAAGAGAGCUGAGCAGACAAACUUCCACUCUUUGUAGUGAAAUCAUGCUGAGGACUGUGGCCGUCCUGCUGCUUCAAGCAGCAUUUGUGUUUGGAUGUGGCACACCUGCCGUCAAACCUGACACCAACAGGAUCGUAAACGGAGAAGACGCUCGUCCUCAUAGCUGGCCCUGGCAGAUCUCACUGCAAGUAAAGCAUGGCAGUCGUUACCAUCACACAUGUGGAGGAACUCUGGUUGGACCACGUUGGGUGCUGACAGCUGGACACUGCAUCUGGCCUGGUGAUGUGUACCGUGUGGUAUUGGGAGAGCACGACAUGAGUGUGCAGGAGGGCACAGAACAGAUCCGGGACAUCCUGCGCAUCAUCGUCCAUCCUGCGUGGGACAUUGAGCAUGUGGCUAAUGGUAAUGAUCUGGCUCUGCUAAAACUGGACAAGAGUCCCAUCCUGAACGACAGCGUCGGUGUGGCGUGUCUUCCAGCAGCAGGAGAGAUCCUCGCCCACGAGACCCCGUGUUUCAUCACCGGCUGGGGAAACCUUUACACACAUGGACCCAUGCCUGAUAAGCUCCAGCAGGCUCUGUUGCCUGUGGUAGAGCACAGCGUGUGCAGCAGCAGCGGCUGGUGGGGCACCACCGUGAAGAGCACCAUGGUGUGUGCAGGAGGAGACGUCGUAUCUGGAUGCAAUGGAGACUCUGGAGGACCUCUUAACUGUCUGGGUCAGGAUGGGAGGUGGUACCUCCAGGGAGUAACCAGCUUUGUCUCAUCACUUGUGUGUAAUGAGCUAAAGAAACCUACCGUCUUCACCCGCACCUCUGCCUUCACAGAGUGGCUCAGUGAGGUCAUGCUUAACUCCUGAGUGCUGUGAAAAGAGGGAUAAGAUCAACAUUUGCUGUAUUUGGAUGGAAGUCAUGGAGGUUUCACAUGGGGAAUAGUUAUAAUUCACUAAAAAUUAUGUUUAAAAUAAAAUCAAGAGAUAAGAUACUUGAAAUGUUUGUGUUUUUAACCUCUUAAGGUCCCAGAUCAAGAAAACAAAAAGGUUCAUCUUUGCAUAAAUUUUUUCAUACGGGGCAAUAAAAGUUCACUUAUUUAAACAUCUCCAUAUUUUUUAGAUUUUUUAAAUUUAUUUUAUCUCACUUUAUGCUUCACAACUCCAGUCAAUUAAUAUGUUAGUAUGACAACAAUUCUGUGUGAAAUGACUAAAGUGUAUUGUGUUUGAAGCAACUGAACAACAAUCCAUCAUGUGAACCAAACAAAAACCUCAAAAUGGUUAAAAGUGUAGAAAACUUUUAAUCAGUUUUACCACUUCAGAUUUCUUGUCCUUGGCUGUGUAAUGAGACAAAAAGUGUGUGAUUGCCCAGCGGCACAGAUGUGGAACCCGUAAAUCAGAGCUUUAUAUCAAACAUCCCCAGGUCAUGCCAGUGUCAGCGCAGGUGAAUCUGAUCAACACAGGUGGAAAAUCUGAAGUCUCAGAUCGGAUUAAAAAUCAACAACAGGUCAAAAGUAUGCCCCAGCGAUCCCUUAUUCAGGUAUCAAUUAAAGUUUGAAACAAAUAAGCAUUAACUUUAGGACAAAAUUGUGUGCUAAUGUCAUUACAGAUAUACUGUAUACUCAUUUUAUUAUGGGCAGGUCGCUUUUGAACAGAUCUCUCAAAAAUAGGCUUAAGGCUCAAAGGCAGGAAUUUAUGAUGUAUGAUACCUAGAAUUCUCAAAAAUAAAUAAAUAAAUAAAAUCAUUAUUAAUGUGCUCUUUUCAGCCAAAAGAUUAAAUAUUGACACAGAUAAGAGUUCAUCUCAAAUCACAGGAAAUUAAAGCCAUCGUAAUUAAGAUGAUGUUUGUGUUCAGGUGGAGCUAGAGUCUAAAUCUGGAGGCUGAACUUGUCUGGAACACAGCAAAAGAGCUUAUCUAGAGUUUUGAACUCAUUGUCACUCUGCUGAAGAAAUCAAGCCAAAUUUAAGGAAUCAAUUUGAUAUUUUCCUUAGAACGUUUGCCAUAUUUCUGAGAUCCUUUUGCAGACAGUUUCUGAAUCAGCGUGCUUGACUUGGCCAUGACCUCCUCCAUCCACGAUAUUCCUCUGAUGAGCUGGAAUGGCUUUGAUCACAUGCACUUCCUGUCUUUUUCCAUAACUUUGGCGGAUGUUAGUUUUAAUCCCAUUUGUCCAUUAAACCCUGCUCCAGACCUUUCUGACUGGUCUUGUGUCGUCAGCUGAUCUCUAUCUUGAUCUAGAUAAAACCCAGUUUCUCAGAGAUUUGUGUGUUGACCCGUAAAAUGUGGAUAGUGUCAUGCACCCCUAACAUUUACUCCAGUGUUGCAUACAGGAAUAUCUACAUUUCUAUUUAAUGAACCUUUAAGGGCCUGACACACGACAAAAAUCUGAAAACUAUGAUUUUUGAGAGAAAACAAACUAUUUGUAGACUCAGGUUCAUUUAACUAUUGUAAUUUUCUGUUAUGUUGUCAUGUAGUCAUGUAAAUAUUCAUCAGUGAUAAAAAGCUCAAUAGACAUACUGUAAGUACAGGUCAGUACAUAGAUUCUCCAGCGGACAGAAGACAUUUGUGAUACAGCAGGCUUUUGAAGAGGGCACUAAUCCUGUUAAAGAGGUAGUGCUCCCACAAAUGACACAUCAAAUACAAUGCAUCAGUUAUUUACAUUUAUUAUUUACUUUUCAUAAGCAGAAAUUACAGACUCUCUUUCACAUCACUUUCAGGAAGUCGAAGAUCUCACAAACCAACUAUCAUUGAUGUCUUCUGGGUGGCAGAAGACAUCAAUGAUACAAAAUAAAAUAAAUUCAUGAACUAAAUCAUGAUGCAUCACCUUUAAGGUCCAAAACAUUGGCUAUUGUCACAUAUCAAAAAACCUUUGUGUGUUCUUUUCCUUUCACAUUUUAUCUGGUUAAUUAAGGGAUACUAUUCAUAUACUACUGGUUUGUUCUUAGAUUAUCUUCCAAUAUUAAGAAAUGUAAACUAAGUUGGACGCCUUGUGAAUUUGUGUGGUUAUGUGAUAUUAAAGCAUCUUUAAAUACA